AUGGUCAAUACCCGACACGCCGAACGAUUAGAACAAGAACGGCUAGCGGUCCUUCGUCUACUGCCAGGAGCGGACGACUUUGACUCAGACAGCGAAUUAUCAGACCCUCCCGACACCCCAGAUACGCCAGAUCUCACCCCAAGGAUGUUCGCAGAACUCCCAAAGUUUGAUGGGAACGACGCGAAAGCGAAAAGCUUUCUCAACGACUUCGAAAUCGCAAUGCUAGACAGAAACAUCAUCGAUGACGACGUGAAGAAGGCGAGAUACUUCGUCCGCUGCAUGACCCCGGAUACGAGAUCCGAACAGUGGGUGGAGCAGUGCGAUCAAGCGACGAAAGGGUCCUUUGAAGCCCUCGAGACAUCCUUUAAGGCGACAUUCUGCGACAAAAACGCCAGCGACAUCGUACAAAUGGCCGCCUUACAACAGAUGAUGAAGACCAGGUUACGAGAUCAAGAUGUAGGGAAGACGGAUGCGAUGGGGGUGCCGAUGCACGUGAAGUAUUGCGAGGAGAUGGCGAGAUUGGGUAGAAGCGUGCCGAACACUACGGCGGAUUCGACUAAGGUAGCCACCAUCCUUACCAAUGUAGGAGGGGGAUUAGCCAAGGUCAUCCGAGACGUAGGCCAAAACGACACGUUCGAACACUGCCUGAAAGCGAUCAAGGAACUCACCGACUGGCAGAUCAAAGAGAUUCAACACUGGGCCAUCGUCGAGCAAUGGUCUUCGAGGCCGCCAAAGACAGCCUUGCCAAUCUCCCCGGCACUCUCGGUGGAAGCCCUACCGGCCUCAAGGUCGAACUCAUUCUCCAACCCAACCCAAAGGACCCCCCGAAACGAGGCGGGAGGUAGCAACGAUCGAGACAACCGGUACGUCGCGAUCACACCAGCUCAUCAAGCGAAGAUCGACGAAUGGGAAUCGCGAUGGGGAGUAGGAAGCGAGGUGACGGCGGACUGCGGGUUCCCUUUGACGCCGGGAACCGACCCCACCGGUUCACGAGAGUGCUACAAGUGCGGGACGAAGAAGCCUAGCGUUUACCUAGCCCGCGACUGCCCCAACCUUUGGGUCAACCAGAGGGAACAGAACUACAGGUACAAGGUCUCCGAAAGACGACGGAUCCCGGGUAAUCAGCAAUACCAGGCGAGACAAUCACAAUACCAGAAUUUUGGAGCAGGAUACCGAGGGUCGGGAGCGAACCAAGAGCCUUUGGGCCAACCAGUCCCGGUACACGCCAUUACGAUCGACGACGACUCUGAAGAAGAGGACGGCCUGGGUUGGAUGGAUCUGCAGGGAGCGGGAAAUGCCCGCGGACUGGGUUUCUGA